AUGGGUGGAGGAAGCAGAUUUCAAGAACCAGUGAGGAUGAGCCGUAGGAAACAAGUAACAAAAGAGAAGGAAGAAGAUGAAAACUUCAAAUCUCCAAAUCUUGAAGCAGAGAGACGUAGAAGAGAGAAGCUUCAUUGUCGGCUUAUGGCUCUGCGAUCUCAUGUCCCCAUUGUCACCAACAUGACUAAAGCAAGUAUUGUUGAAGAUGCGAUUACUUACAUAGGAGAGCUUCAAAACAAUGUUAAGAAUCUCUUAGAGACAUUUCAUGAAAUGGAAGAAGCUCCUCCUGAGAUUGAUGAAGAACAAACGGAUCCAAUGAUAAAACCUGAAGUUGAAACUAGUGAUCUUAACGAAGAGAUGAAGAAACUCGGAAUCGAGGAGAAUGUGCAAUUGUGUAAGAUUGGGGAGAGGAAGUUUUGGUUAAAGAUCAUAACAGAGAAGAGAGAUGGGAUCUUUACUAAAUUCAUGGAGGUUAUGAGAUUUCUCGGAUUCGAGAUUAUCGAUAUUAGUCUAACAACUUCAAAUGGAGCAAUUCUUAUUAGUGCCUCUGUUCAGACACAGGAACUCUGUGAUGUUGAACAGACAAAAGAUUUUCUUUUGGAAGUUAUGAGAAGCAAUCCAUAA